AUUGUUUCUCAGGUUUACGAUAAAUGGGGAGAUGUCAUAUGUCAUGGUGAUAAAAGUGUCAUAAAGGAAGGACAUAAGAGUUUUCCAAGUGGUCAUACUUCAUGGUCCUUUGCUGGUCUUGGUUUUUUGUCACUCUACUUAUCUGGAAAAAUACAAGCAUUUGACCGCAGAGGUCACGUUGCAAAGUUAUGCAUUGUCUUUCUUCCUCUACUUGUUGCAUCUCUUGUUGGCAUUUCUCGGGUGGAUGACUACUGGCACCACUGGCAGGAUGUCUUUGCUGGGGGUCUACUAGGGCUUGUAAUGGCUACAUUUUGCUACCUACAGUUCUUUCCACCACCCUAUCACACUGAAGGUUGGGGCCCGUAUGCUUACUUCCGGGUGUUGGAGGAGUCACGACAACAAGCAAUGAAUUCUGUGAAUUCGCGUAAUGGACAGGCAACCGAGGAUUUGGUUGAGAGCGAGCAAGAUGGAAGCAGUAAUGGAUUUUUGGGCUUACAUUUGGCAGGCAAUUCUAGUUCGACACUGCUAGAUGCGGAGUCUGGUAGGAGUUGACUUCGUGUAACUUUGUGCUUUUAGCCCUUCCUCGUGUAGAUUACUUUUUGUCUGUAACUAAUCUCUCGACUUCUUGUUGUGAGCUUCUUGGAAUACCUUGGUUCUGAUUAAAAGAAGACAAAAACAUUUUGUAUUAUGGAGAAAGGAAGAGAACAGUUUGUAUUCUGCUUAAAUCUUUGAAGCUUGAUCUCUUGAAUC